AUGGCGCCCAAGAGAAAGGCGGGACCUCUGGACACGCUGCCGCCCAUCUGCGCGGGGGCCGUGGUCACCUCCAUUGCGAUGUAUCCGGUUGACGUCGUGCGCGCUAUUUGUAUGUCCAACCCUGGAACUGGCGCAGGAGAGGCGUUGAAGGGAUUUUUGGAGGCGCAUGGCAUCAUGGGCUUCGUGAAGCAGGGCUUGGUGGCGGAAGUGACCAGGGCAUCCAUCUCCCGAGCCAUCAAGUUCUUUAUGCAGCCAAUUGUGCACAAGAGCCUCUAUGGCAAGCCAGAAACAAAGGGCACCCCUGUGAGCAAGGGAUUGGCAGGUGCGAUUGGCACUGUGCCAGAGGUGUUGGCCAUUUCUCCUCUGGAGAACAUCAAGCUGGCAGCACAGCUGGACAAGGAAGGAAGGUUCAAUGGAUCUGCUGACAUUGCCAAGCACAUCAUGAAGACUCGAGGCUUCGGAGGUUUGAUGAUCGGCUACGCUGGAAUGCAGGUGCGGCAAUGUCUCUGGACCGGCGGCUUUUUCCUGACCCUGGACCUCUACAAGGGAUGGGUGUCCAAUGUCGUGUCCAACAAGUUGGCUCAGGACGUGCUCUCCGGCUUCGCCGCCGGCGCCACGGGGACUGCCAUGAACUGCUGGACUGACGUGUGCCGAUCGAUCGUCCAGAAGAAGGCCUUGGCCGACACCUUCGACCCAAGCAUUCCAAGGCCCAGUGCCUUUGAGCCCUACAACCCGGCGCCCUUCUUCGCCGAGGCGGCUCACUUGGCGUCCACCAAGGGCAUUGGUGGCCUCUACGCGGGCGUGGGGCCCAAGAUGAUCCACCUGGGCGGCAGCGGCGCGAUUUUGGCCGUGCUGAUGCCGCGCUUCAAGGGGAUGUGGUUCGACAUGAUGAACCUGGAGUGA